GGUCAAAGCGAGUGCGUAUUGUGUCCGCCAUUUUUCGAGGAACAUUAACAGGAAGUUUGGCAGGAGAGAUUGAAUUCUGCUCUUUUUGUGGAGUUCGCUUUGAUCCACAAGAACAAAUUAAAAGAUGGCACUCAAAAGAAUCAACAAAGAACUUCAAGAUCUCGGUCGAGAUCCUCCAGCACAGUGUUCUGCCGGUCCAGUGGGCGACGAUCUAUUUCAUUGGCAAGCUACAAUAAUGGGUCCGCCCGACAGUCCAUAUCAAGGCGGUGUAUUUUUCCUAACAAUUCACUUUCCCACUGAUUAUCCAUUCAAACCUCCAAAGCUUGCAUUUACUACAAAAAUAUACCAUCCGAACAUCAACAGUAAUGGCAGUAUUUGUUUGGACAUACUAAGAUCUCAGUGGAGUCCUGCAUUAACAAUUUCAAAAGUUCUUCUAUCUAUUUGUUCACUACUGUGUGAYCCCAAUCCAGAUGAUCCCCUUGUGCCAGAUAUUGCACGCAUAUACAAGUCAGACAAACCUAAAUACAAUGAGUUAGCCAAAGAGUGGACGAAAAAGUAUGCAAUGUGACGAUGGCACUUUAGAUACAGCUUAAUCAAUGUAUUGUGACUUGAUCAUUGUCYUGUUGAGCCUAGACACCAUCUUGUUGUUGCAUAUUGUUGUAAAUGUCUGUCAAACACUGUAUUGGAUGUCUGAGUGUGUGUGUGUGUCUGUGAUUGUUUGCAUUAAGUGUAGGUGUCAAUUAUUUCAGGUACCUCGUAGUAUAUUAUAGCAUAUACUUCAAAUAAUCCACUCUGACAAAUGAAACACUAGAUCAAGUUCUAACGUAGGUCUCCUUUUUAUGUUGUUUUCUAUUUUCGUUAUUCCUUUCCUCUCUGGAAUUCAACUGUAAAAAGUAUUUAGUAGUGAGAUUUAUAUAACAUGUAUUAAUAAAAAGUGCUCAAAAUACUGAAUGCAGAAAUAGCUACUAUUAAUAUCCAAGUAAAAUCAAGUCCAUUAUUAUAAAAUUGCACAAAUUGCACAAAGUAAUAAAAUUGUAUUGAUACUUCUCAUCUAGAAUGAUCUAGAAUCAUGAGUCAUCUAGAAACAAAUGCAGUUUACAAAAAAUGUGUCUUGCAUCUGGCUUGAUAUAGAUUCAGACAACUCAGGUUUACUUUGAAAAAGGGAUUAGUUGCUACAAUAUAAUAUUGAUAAAGAUAUUGGUCACAUGGUUAUUUUUAUUAAAAACAUCUACAAUGUAGUGGCGAAUAUCAGCARUGAUAAAUGGUCAGAUCUUUGUAAUUAAAUACCAGAAGUAGAAGCUGUUAUUGCAUUUGGUAAAGAUCCAGUGCAUAUUUCAAUUGUAUUAAAUAUAUACCUUUUGUGUACAUGAGAAGGAUAAAUACGUACUGGAUAAUAAAGUGAGUACAAAUUGUUGUGACUACAGUCUCAUAUCAGAUUAUUGAAUUUAUAUGUUGGUAAUAAUCUAUUUGUCACUAACUUGUCCAAUAAAACAUUAUUACUACUGCA